UAUAACUAUAAUGGAAUAUUGUUAAGGCGCAACAUUAUCUUGUUUUUAUUACGAAGGCAUUAUUGGUGUGUUGAGAAAUCUUUCGACAAUGGCUCUUGGGAGGAUUUUACUGCGGUUUCCCGUGUACGAGCUGGUUCUCCUUCUUCUCUUCUUGAAAUGUGAAACUUGCGCACGAACCCUGGACGUUGGAGAGAAUACGAUCGACAGACAGAGCAGCAAAAAGGACCUUCAAGCUGACUCUGUAGCAGAGGAAUUAACAAAACAUACCGUAACAGAGGACCAAGUGGUGGAGAGAGAAGUAGAACCAGUGAAAGAUUACACUGGGUGGCAAAUGCUUAGGAUUUUCCCGUCUUCGACCUCGGUUCUGGAUCAAGUUCUUACUCUCUUCGAGGCCGACCCCCGAGUCGUCGUCCUCGGGGUCUUUAGAUCCCAGUUAGCGGUAGACGUAGCAAUGUCUCCAACCACAUCCCUUGAUGCUGUAUUAAGCCACGCCCACCUGCCUAACCUCUGCAACCUGGACAGCAAGAAAUCCCAGCUGUUAAAAGAGCCAAUUAGCACAACGAAGAUUUUAAGGCUAUGCUCUGAUAAAAGAUCGACCGAAGAUGAGACGUCGUUGGGAAACGCACAAGAAAAUCAAAAUUCCAAUAACUUAAUAGGAUGGAAAACGGUUGAUGGUUAUCUCUCUCCCAAAUCGUCUCGUCAGAUUAAUGAGACGCAACCUCUGGCCUGGGACGACUACUACCGCUACGACUCCAUUGUCAUGUUCGUCCAAAAACUCGCUACUGAAUACCACACUGUCGAAUACCUUGAGAUCGGAAAGAGCUGUGAAGGAAGGCCUCUGCUGGCUCUUGUCUUUGCUGUUAGACCCGCGCAGAUGGUGAAACAAUACCAGAAAAGUAUAUUUAAAAAUCGACGGCUCAGAAACCGUGCGCCACAGAAUACUUUCUCCGAAAAACAGCGUCAUAAAAAGAAAACAAACAGUAAGAAGAAAAAUACCAAAACUUUCGUCUUUAUUGAGGCGGGCAUCCACGCACGCGAGUGGAUAUCAUCCGCAGUGGCGACCUACCUGACCCAGCAACUGGCGGACUCCGGGAGGAAUUUCCUCCGGCGAGUAACGGUCGUCGUCGCCCCCAUGGCCAACCCCGACGGCUACGAGUACUCGCACACCACCGACAGAAUGUGGCGCAAGAACCGACGGGAGAUACCCGACUCGGAGUGCAUGGGCGUCGACCUGAACCGCAACUGGGCGAAGGCGUGGGGUUCCUCCGGAUCCAGCUCCGACCCGUGCUCGAACACAUUCCGGGGCAGCGAAGCCUUUUCCGAACCCGAGACAAAGGCCCUUCGUGAUCUAGCGUUCACCUGGAUUGAUAAGAUCUCGCUGUUUUUAAGUUUCCAUAGCUACGGCAAUUUCAUCUUGCACCCCUGGUCUUACAGCGUCAGUCCAAGCUCUAAAGAGAGGGUGUUGAAGAAAGUGGCCAAGAGAAUGCGAAACCACAUGAAGCGCAAUGGUUACCCUAAAUUCACAGGCGGCCAGACGGGAGACGUGCUGUACCAGGCUUCCGGAACUUCUGAAGACUAUAUCCACAACGCAGGGGUAACGUACGCCUACACUAUAGAGCUCCCGCAUUAUAGCUUCAUCCUCGACCCGGAAAAUAUCCUACCAGUAGCCAAAGCUGUCUGGGGAACGCUGGUUUGCACAAUAGGUAUCAUUGCCAAGAAGGAGAGUGUCCAGGCUUUCUGCAAAAAACGCCUGGUCAAGGUCCACCUCGAGGAUGGCAAGACGCUCAGUGGUUGGUUCGACAAGAAGUUGCCGUUGGAAAAGGCUAAACAAAGUAUUAUGGAACGGCAUAAUAUAACCGAAGAAACGGUAUUCGAAAGACGAUACGCUAAGGAAUUGGUAUUUGUCUGAUCUCAAAUGACGUAUUGAAUAUGGUUAUAGAAUUGUUAUAGUUUAUAAAGAAUUAGGAUUAUAAUUGGAUAUAACUGAAUUUCUUAUUCCAAAUCUUAAUAUAGAAAAAGUACCACAAAAAAGGAAAGGUAAAAGCGACGAGGGUGGUAAUAACAACAAUGAUGUGAUGGUGAU